CUUUUUCCAUUUACCUUUUAAAAAACAUUUCACAAAAAUGGAGUACGUUCCCGAUUCCCGGCAACAGCUCAUUCUGUGCUGCGAGUGCGGUACCGCCAUCCCGCCCAACCCGGCGAACAUGUGCGUGAACUGUGUGCGGUCCAUAGUUGAUAUCACCGAGGGCAUCCCGAAGCAGGCCACUGUCCACUGGUGCAAGAACUGCGAGCGCUACCUCCAGCCGCCGGCCUCCUGGCUGACGUGCGGGCUCGAGAGUCGCGAGCUGCUGGCUCUGUGCCUCAAGAAGCUUCGCGGCUUGACCAAGGUGCGACUGAUCGACGCCGGCUUUAUCUGGACGGAGCCCCACUCGCGCCGUAUCAAGGUCAAGCUGACCAUCCAGAAGGAGGUCUUUGCCGCGACCAUUCUGCAGCAGGCCUUCGAGGUUGAGUACGUUGUUGCGUCAAUGAUGUGCCCCGACUGUACCAAGGUCAUGGCCCAGAACACAUGGAAAGCACUGGUGCAGGUCCGCCAAAAGGUUGACCACCAGCGUACCUUCUUCUAUCUCGAGCAGCUGAUCCUCAAGCACAACGCGCACCAGGACACCAUCAACAUUAGAGAGGUCAAGGGUGGUCUGGAUUUCCACUACGCCCAGCGCUCCCACGCCAUCAAGAUGUGCGACUUUUUGGCCAGCAUGGUCCCCACGCGCUACAAGACCUCUGAGCAGCUCAUUUCCAGCGAUAUUCACUGCGGUACCUCCAACUACAAGUUUACAUACGCCGUCGAGAUUAUCCCCAUCUGCAAGGACGACCUGGUCGCUAUGCCCAAGAAGACUGCCAACUCGCUUGGCCACAUUGCGCCGCUCGCGCUGUGCACGCGCGUCGGUAACGCCGUGCACAUCAUUGACUUUAAAACCCUACAGACUGCCUGCGUUACUGGUCUGGUCUUCUGGCGCCACGAGGAUGUUACCCCCGUAUGCUCGAUGCGCGACCUCAAGGAGUUCUACGUCCUCGAUGUCGAGCUGCUCGGCCAGCGCCACGGCCGCUACGCCCUGGCAGACAUCACCAUCCAGCGCAUGGCCGAUGUCGGCAAGAACGACAACGAGAUCAUUGUCCGCUCGCAUCUCGGCAACCUGCUGAACUACGGCGACACCGUCCUGGGCUAUGACCUGGCCACAGCCAAUGUCAACAACAAGAACUUUGAAAGCCUCAACUCCGACGACGUGCCCGCGGUCGUUCUUGUCAAAAAGUCGUACCCCGAGCGUCGUCGCAAGCGCAAGCAGCGUAACUGGAAGCUCAAGUCCCUUACCAAGGACGAUGGUGACUUGGCUCCCAAGAAGCAGGAUCAGGACAAGCUCGAGGCUGACUUUGAGACCUUCUUGCGCGACCUUGAGGAGGACCCUGAGCUGCGCCAGAACAUCAACCUGUACAAGGACCCUAACACCAUCGCCGCUCGCCCCCAGAACGCGAUGGAGGAGAGCGACAUGGAGGACGACGGUGAGGAGCUUCCCGAGGUGCCCCUGGAUGAGCUCCUCGAGGACCUCAAGAUCAGCAGCGGCAGCGACGAUGACGAGGAGAUGGACGUGUAAACUGGCCGACCGACUAUAGAAUUCUUCCCCAUUUGUAUCUCGCCUUAUAUUUUGUAAAGAUCAGACAUAUUGCCUCAGACAAAGACAAGAGUCAAUUUAGCGGGCGAAAUACUCUAUUUAUUGUCCAGCCCUAAAUUUUGGCGAUAUGUUUAUUUUUUAGCUGAUAGUAUAUCAGGUUUAUGCAACCAAAAACGCGC